AGUCCCCGGCUGAAUGUUUGUAUAGAUGGCAUCUUCGUCGCGUGUCAAAGUGAAAUGCGCGGUGCGUAGAGCCGGUCGCCCGACGGAGAUUGGUGGGGUAGAUUGUUAAGGCGAAAUUUGUGGUAGCGGAACGUGCUUGAAGAUCGUGAUUGUGGAAGAAGUGUUUCUCGGACUGAUCGUUGUGGGGAAGACUGGGGCAGCAAGUUUGAGAAGGUCGUCUGGUGGUCGCCAUAUCAGGCUCCGGUCUCAAGUUUGGCCUCGGUACCUAUGAUGGUCCUUUUCCUGUUUGAAGGAGGAAUUUGGUGAUUUAGACUUGAACUAAAAUUUGCUUGAAUUAAGCCAUGUCAAUUGAUUUGAGGACCCACGAAGCCAAGCUGGUUGCAGCGUGGAAGGAUGUCACAGAUGAUAAAACUGCAACAGACUGGGCACUAUUUGGAUAUGAUGGGCACUCCAAUACACUCAAGGUUGUCUCCACUGGGGAUGGUGGACUGACAGAGUUAAGCGAGGAUUUGAACAGUAACCAAAUAAUGUACGGGUUCUGCCGCAUGAUGGAUCCAAAGACCAGCCUUCCCAAAUAUGUGCUCAUCAACUGGCAAGGCGAGGGGGCGCCGAUGACUCGGAAGGGCUCAUGCACGAACCACAUGCGUGACGUGGCCGCCCUGCUGCACGGCCACCACGUGACGGUGCAGGCGCGCGACGAGGACGAGGUGGACGAGGAGGCCAUCCUGGAGAAGCUGGCGCGCGCCGGCUCGUCCGUCUACAACUUCCGGCAGCGCUCGACCGAGACCAGUCCGCAGACCAAGCCGGUGGGCUCUAACUACCGACGCAUCGUGCCGGCGGCCGAGAUCGACCUGAGCGCGCGCGACCGGUUCUGGGAGCAGCAGGAGCAGGAGGAGCGCCAGCGCCAGCAGGAGGAGCUGCGCCGCGCCGGCGACGAGAAGGCCCGGCUCGAGACCGAGCGCAACCGGCGCGAGAUGGACGAGGCCAGGUCGCGCGAGCACCAGGCGCUCGAGCGGAGCCGCAGCAUCAACGAGGCCCGCCAGGCGGAGCGUAAGGCAGAGCGCGUGCUAUCACAGAGCGACCAGGAGGCGGCGCGCUGGCAGGAGCACCGCGAGCAGGACCGGCUUGACGAGGAGGAGCGCAAGCACCGCGCCGACCGACUCCGGAUGGAGCGCAAACAGGAGGCGCAGCAGCUGAUCGGGCACCGGACGGGCGCGGCCCGGGCCGUGUUCGAGAGCCACACGGCCGCUGGCCAACUGACUAGCCCCACCAGCCCGGUGGGCGGCGCGUCCGGCGGCGUGGCGCGCCGCUGGCCGCCCGUCGCCGCCUCACAUUCCACGGACCAGCAGUCGACGGCCGGUCGGCUCCCGCCGGCCCACCAGAACGGCUCGUCAACGGCGCCCGUCGCCAACGGACACCAGCGGUCGGGCGGCGGCCCGCAGCCGGAGCCGGAGCCGGAGCAGCGCGGCGCGCCGGACGGCGGCCUGCUGACGGGCGAGGUACAGAUCACGACGGUGACCGGAGAGCUGGCGUCGGUGGCCAUCUCGCCCGAGCACGGCCUCUGUGCCCAGGCGCUCUACGACUACCAGGCCGUGGACGAGACGGAGAUCACGUUCGACCCGGGCGACAUCGUCACCAACAUCGAGCAGAUCGACGAGGGCUGGUGGCAGGGCGUGUCGCCGGCGGGUCAGUUCGGCCUCUUCCCCGCCAACUACGUCCAGCUCAUCAACGCCUGAGCCGGCAGCCAAACCGCAACGUGCGCAACUCCUCACCCCUCGCGCUGUUCUCCUCCCUGCCGCCGGCGGCGCCCCUCGCACGGCGCCGCCGCCGUCUUCUCGCUUACUCGUGCGCGCACUAACCCGUUAUAAGUGAUCAUGUGAUAGAUUUAUGUGUGUUGUUUCGGCGCCGGCCUGCGCCAGGCUAAAUGGGAUCCGGGCUGUGGCGGCGCGCGCCGGCGCGUGCGCGGGCUUGCCGUCUUCUGCAUAUCUGUUGUCUACCCAAAGCUUCUAUUUGUAAGUUUCUAGGCGUUGAGACGUUCCACUGAUACCUCGUUGGAAUAGAUGGCUGUUUUUGG